AUGCAUAGUCGUAUGUCACGGCUACGACGUUCUCUGUCGCGUGGUUCACUAUUUAAUGGCUUAUCAAAAUCACAAUUAUCAUUGGUUGAUUUACCAACAUUACAUCAGCAAUCUGUGCUAAUUGGAAAAUUUUCUACGCCAACAGCAUUUCCACAGUUGCAACAACUUGUUCACACAAAUAAUGAGAUGUUACGAGAAAUCAUUUCAAUUUUUGAUGAAAGAGCUUCAUUGGAUUUUGCAUAUUCAAAAACAAUGCAAAAACUAUCAUCAAGAUUGCAUAAAGUUUCAGCAAAAUCAUCGGGGAUUAUCGAUCAUGCAUGGAGUUAUGUUGCUGAUCAAUUUGAUGCUCAGGCUAGCAUACACAACAAUCUUGGCUCAGCCAUAACUGACGAUAUCGUACAACCUCUUCGAGCUAUUUUUAAUUCUCAGCAAAGGACCAUUCGUGCCACGGAGCAGUUAGCAAAUCGUGAAUUACGUUUUUUGACCACCAAACGUGAUGAAUUAUCGAAAAUCAAACGUCUGUUGCAUAGUUCCAGUCGUGAUCUUGAAAAGGUUGAACAACUCAUUGACAAUGACCAUAUGUCAAAUAUUAAGUUAUCGGUUAGAAAACGGAAAUUGUUAGAGCAAGUGAUGAAACAGGAACAGACAUAUAUUGAGGAAACGAUAGCAACCGAGCGACAACGGCGUGUAACGGAUGGUGUACUCCGGAAAGGUGUUGAAUAUUUGGAAGUUGUUGAAAAGCAACGUUUAGCACAUUGUCAAACAGCACUUGGGCGAUUUCAAAGAAAAAUUUCCCAAUUAGGACCAAAUUUAAAUAUGAUGUUUGAGCGUUGUAUGAAUGCAUUGAAUGAUGCGCUGAAUGCAGAACCGAGUGAACAAAUUUCGAUGAUAAUGCCAAUUUGUUCAACAAGUCAUACAAUUUAUUUAUGUGAUUUUCAUGCAGAAAAUUUUGCUGAAAUAAUAGGUGGUCAACGACGACGUUGGACACUGGAACGAAUUGGUGCAGUACUUCAGGAAUAUUUGAAGAGUACUCAAUUAGAGGCAAAUCCAAUGUUGCCGUCAUCGACUAAUAUUAGUUAUGUCGAGUUUUUGGAAUAUUUGAUUUAUAAAAUAAAUGAAGCAAUGAAAAGUGUCGAUGGUGCACAAAACAGAGAAUACCAUCGAUUAGCACGUUUCCAGCAAAAACUUAAGGAUAAAUUGGGUUUGGCGCAAACGGUAUUGACAAUACCAUCACAUGAACUUGGAAAUGGUGAAAAACCAUCUGCGCCAAGUUUACCAACAACGUCAAGUAUAGAAGAUGAAACUGAACCAAUUGUUAGUGAAACACGUGAACCAUUAGAACACUAUGCUGCUCCACGUUCAUUGUCAUGCGACGAAUCACAACACAUGCAAAAUACCUCAUCAUCAACGUGUACUAGUAAUAGUGAAGCAAUCAAACGUAUCUAUCGUGUCUUGUACGAUUUUACAGCUACCACAGCAGAUGAAUUAGAUGUUCACGCAGGUGACUGUGUUUUGGUAGAAGGUAAAAUUGGUAAUGAUUGGAUGAUCGGACAGAUUAUUUCAAAUAACCAAAUGAUUGAUGAGACUGGUACUGUCACAUCGAAAGUAAACAAAAUUGGACGAUUUCCAACAUCAUACGUAGCUUUUGCUAAUAAUAGUUGA